UUCCUUGUUUGUGUUUGUCUGUUACAGGUCUGACUGGCUGAGUUUCUCUUUCCCUGCCGUGUCUCUCUCAGGUGGUGUCUACUGCUAUUACAGGAAUUUGUAGAACAGGCUGCUGGUAAGAAGGAGCUCUCAUGGGAGAGAACAAAUCAUGACAUUCCGUGCAAACAGGGCAAGCUGGAGUACAGACGUGUUUCAUCAAAAUGAAGAUGGAGAAGUGGAGGACCAGACUACAGACAAUGAAUUGGAGUUACUGGAGUGGUAUCACGGAAAUCUCUCACGUCAUGCAGCUGAGGCUCUGCUUCUCACGAACGGACAAGAUGGGAGUUACCUCCUGAGGAAGAGUGAUUCAAAAGACAAUGUAUAUUCGCUCUCAGUGAGGGCCAAGGAGUCUGUCAAGCAUUUCCAUGUCCAUCAGUCUGGGUCAUCCUUCAAAUUCGGUUUUAACGAGUUUGCGACAAUAAAAGACUUUAAGCAGCAUUUUGCCAAUCAGCCUUUGAUAGGAAGUGAAUCAGGAACCUUGAUUUUACUAAAAUACCCUUACCCUCGGGAAGUAGAAGAGCCUUCGAUAUAUGAGUCUGUGCGUGUCCAUACAGCUAUGCAGACGGGGCGUUCUGAAUCAGAUCUUGUGCCUUUGGCACCCUCACUUGGUACAAAAGAAGGAUAUCUCACAAAACAAGGUGGACGAGUAAAGAACUGGAAAACUAGAUGGUUUAUUCUGAGUCGGAACGAACUUAAAUAUUUCAAAGACCAGCUGUCCCCGGAGCCAAUACGGACAUUAGACCUUUCAGAGUGCAGUGCUGUACAGUUUGACUAUUCACAGGAGAAAGUCAAUUGUUUCUGUUUGGUGUUCCCGCUAAGAACGUAUUAUUUCUGCGCAAAAACAGGGGCAGAGGCUGAUGAGUGGAUUAAGAUUUUAAGAUGGAAAAUGUCUCAAAUAAGGAGACUGUCAACACGAAGAUGAAGACAAGUGGAGACAACAUUGGAUCACAGACAUGCAGAAAAUAGUUCAUAUUUGUCAUAGAACUUUGAAAGAAGAGUACUUGGACAACCAUGCAUGCUAGGACACACUGACAUUACAUUAGGCAUUUUUCAUCAUUUUGCAAUAUUAUAAUACCGACAUAUGGCUUAUAACACAAGAACAGUUUUAAAUCAAACCUAAAGACAGCUAAAAGAAAUGUUGUGUUUAUAAAAAGAAGAAUCCUCACUCCUACAUGAUGAAUGAGAUGCGCUAAUUUUCAAAUGGUUUACACCAUUUUGGUUUUUAACAUAAUUUGUAGCGGUUACAUUCCAUUAAACUCAAGCUUUUAAAUAUAGUGACAUGUUUAAACCGCUUUAAAAUGCAUUUAUUUAUUAAGUUGAACGUGCUCUAGAUUAUUUACCAAAUGUUGAGAAUUCAAAGUGAAUUUUAAGUUUUCUGUCAGCUCUGGUUUUAGUUUAGCUAUUUUGGUCUAAAAUGUAAGAUUUAUUCUGAAUUCCCGGUAGCUCAUACUUUGGUGAAUAACUGUGUAACUUUCUUUUUGUUCUUCUUGUGUUUUGUUUUUUUUCUGGACACGCUUUCUUGAUUAUUAAAUAUCACCUUUUUUGUUGA